UCUCCUCAAGCAUGGUGUCUCUGUGGCUCCCCAGAGGCCCCUGUGUGGCAGCUGUGAUCCUGAGUCUGAUGAUGCUGACCCCUCCGGUGAUUUUAGUCAGGGACCCACGACCACGUUUUCUGGAGCAGUUGAAGGCUGAGUGUCACUACUUCAAUGGGAAGGAGCGUGUGUGGAGUGUGACCAGAUUCAUCUAUAACCAGGAAGAGUUUGCCCGCUUUAACAGUGACUUUGGGAAGUUCCUGGCAGUGACUGAGCUCGGGCGGCCCAUAGUUGAGUACUUGAACACCCAGAAGGACAUGCUGGACAAUUAUCGUGCCUCAGUAGACAGGUGCAGAAAUAACUAUGACCUUGUGGAUAUCUUCAUGUUGAACUUAAAAGCUGAGCCCAAGGUGACUGUGUACCCUGCAAAGACACAGCCUCUGGAACACCACAACCUCCUGGUCUGCUCUGUGAAUGACUUCUACCCUGGCAGCAUUGAAGUCAGAUGGUUCCGGAAUGGCGAGGAGGAGAAGACUGGAGUUGUGUCCACCGGACUGAUCCAAAAUGGAGACUGGACCUACCAGACCCUGGUGAUGCUGGAGAUGGUUCCUCAGGGUGGAGAGGUUUACACCUGCCAGGUGGAGCAUCUCAGCCUGACCAGCCCUGUCACAGUGGAGUGGAGGGCUCGGUCCACAUCUGCACAGAACAAGUUGUUGAGCGGAGCCAUGGGCAUGGCGCUAGGUCUGUUCAUCCUCGCAGUGGGGCUGUUCUUCUAUUUAAGGAAUCUGAGAGCAGGAUCAGUGUCUCAUGGUGCUGGUGAAGGAGCUGCCUCCAGAUUGACAGGCAGUGGGAGUGAAUGCCACAUGGGGCCUGGGUUGAGCAUCUGAGACCUGGAAGCCAGCCCUCAGUGACACACUUUCUCCAAGACCACACCUGCUCCAGAAUGCCAUAUCUCCUAAUAGUGCCACUCCCUCUGAUCCUAUGGGAACCAGUUUCUUUCAAACUACCACAUUGCCUCUCAUUUAAAAACUUGCACAUGGCUUGUUAGAGCAGCUAAGUACUACAGAUGUCAUGAAGACAGCUAGAAACUGUUUGGAUGAGUUUAAAGAGGACCUGUGACUUGGUUCAAAUGAUGGGUGUCUGCUCCUCUGUGAACCUGCACUGAGCAGGAUCCUGAGAGUCAGUCUCAGUCAUGUUUGAAGAAUUAGUUUCAAAAGUAAGAAGCUAGCAGUCGCCAGUCAGCUGUGGUGCAUG